AUGCCGCCUGAACGCCGGCAUGAGGCGCACCGGGAGCGUGCCUUUGUGGACACCUUACUGGCCGCCCUCUUCGAGAAUGCGAGGGCCCAGACCGAAGUCGAUGGCAAACGUGGACCGGUGUGGGAGACUCCGUGGCAGGAUUUGGACCCGAUGAGGUUCAAACUCCACGAGUUGGGGGACAGCUUGAAAAAGUACGGGUCCCAUGGCCUUGCUUCGCUCAUCUGCGAGCUGAGCCUCGUAAUUUGGCAGUUAAGAGCAUGGUUCACGAUCGGGGCGGGCUUGCUGGUGAUUGAGGUGUUGAAGCGGAUCUCAGAGAUGGCACACCGUUUGCCUUCUCCGGACGGAUUGGAUCCUGGCCUGGCAGCACUGAGGGUCAUCGAAGGAUUCAUUCUGUUCUGUGCUGCUCGACAUAAGCGAAUGCGGAAAGAUGCUGUCGCCGCCCUGGAACGCAUUUUGUUAAAGAAGAGGCUGCCGCCUUGCACUACGGUGCGCAUCGAAUCUGCCCUGGUUAGCGUUGGCUGGCAGAAGAUAACUCAACCACUGCUCAGCGACAUGGCCGGAGAAGACUGGCUGAAUGAGCUGGCGGUGGCUUUGAUGCCGAAUGCAGAAGCAGAAGCAAAGAUGGAACGAACAAGGGAAAUGUUCGAGGGUGUGGUGCAAAACCUUUUCCCUGGCGCACGGUGCGACUAUUUCGGAAGCGCCGUGAAUGGCUUCGAAACGCGGUUGAGUGAUAUCGACGCGGUAGUCGUUUUCAGCAAGGAGGAUAUGGAGCAAUUGUCCAACGGCCAUGGUCGACUCACAUCUGCAGCAUCAUCGCCGGCUCUGAAGGCAGCUUCCCCAUCCUUGAAGGGAAUGGCAUUGUCCAGGCGUUUGCAGAAGGAGAGCGCUGCCAUUGCUGUCCGAAUGAUGGGCGAGGCCUUGGUGGCGAAUGAGGACUGGGGCUUCGAAGUGAAGGAGAUGGUGACAGAAGCAAGGGUUCCGGUGUUGAAAUGCACUAGCACGGAAGGGGUAGCAAUCGAUAUCACCUUCAACAAUCUCUUGCCGCUGUACAACUCUAAACUGCUGAAGGCUUAUGCAAGCUUCGACGAUCGUGUAGCGCGCUUGGGGCGUCUGGUGAAGUUUUGGGCGAAAAGCCGGAUGGUGAAUGAUGCCUUGGAAGGGACUUUGUCUUCCUAUUCGCAUUGCUUGCUUCUGAUACAUUUUCUCCAGAGCAUCGCUCUGCUUCCGAACCUGCAAGACAAAGAAGACAGCGGCAUUCCCGAUGAGGAGCGUGCCAAGCUUGGUGAAACUGAGCUUUUCGAAGGUGUACACGAUGUGUGGUUCUUGGAUCCCGGCCGCCUUCCCCAAAAUUCGGAUCGCUGGAAGGAGUGGGCCUCGAAGUCUCCCGCAGGAGCCACCCUAAGAGGCUUGCUGGCCAACUUCUUUUGGUAUUUGGCCUACGAAGUCCCGGCCCACUCCGAUGUCCUGAGUAUCCGCCUGCCCUCUCGGAUCCACAAGGAGGUGUAUUUCACAGACAUGCUGAUGAGAAAGCAGGCUUUGGGGCAGGACCCCGUUGAGCCUGCUUUGGAACCUCUUGAUCACGCUGGAGUCGCUGAUGCAUGCGAGGACGGGCAUCUGGGUGAAGAGAAGGAGCCAGAGCCCGAAGAGCCUGAAGAGCACGAAGAGCAUGAAGACGAUGACGGAGAGGACCUUCUCGAAGCCGAAGUUACCAGCGAGGAGCCUUGGAAGGACCUGGCGCAGAAAUACAAGCUUACCGCAGAACAGCAGGAGCUACAGCAGGCGAUGUCCACCCGCCAAACACUUUGCAUCGACGAUCCCAUGGAGCUCGGCCGUUCCUUAGGUGCGAGCUUUCAGGGCUUCGAGCGUUUGUGCUACGAGUGGAGGCGGGCGCACUACCUCCUCUCGGAAGGAAACAGCGGAAAUGGCGAUGACAUCCAGCGAUUGAAGGAACUGUUCCGUGAUCGGCCACCUCCGCCCCGGUCCAUCUACAACUUGGAGAAGCAGCGGGAGUUCCCGCACUUGAUCGAAAGGGCGGAAAGGGACAAGAGGCCGAAAGGGAGCGGAAGCCACGGAAGCCACGGAAGCCGCUCCUGGUACGGGUCCAGCCAUGGGGAGCGGCACGGGAAGGGAGAGCCGAAGAUGUCCAGCUGGACACAAGGCAUUGCGCAAGGCCUUGCGCAAGGCACACAAGGUGGAGUGCAAGCGAUGCAAACGAUGCAAGGUGUCACGCAAGGCGUGCAAGGCGUCACACAAGGUGGCUGGCCCACCCCGAAGAUGCCCAACGUGCCCUUUGAGAGCCCCUACGCAAGGCGAGCUCAGAAGGGAAGCCCCCCUUCAAGGUGGGCUCAAGCUCAAGUAGCUCAAACAGAUUUUGGGAGGGCGAGCGCAAAGGAAGGGGAUGUCAAAGGAAAGGAAGGAAAAGAAGGAAAGGAAGCAAAAGGCAUCAAAGGCCAUGCGGAGGGCAAAGGCUUGUGGCAGUGA